CUCCGGUUUCACAAACCCACUGACAGGCGGAGCGGCGCGCUGUUUUUACGCACAGCCUCCUGUCCUACGGGGCAUUGUAGACAUUGUUUAGUAGCUGUGUAGUAGACUCCUGAGAAGACACAGGAGCGACACAGCCUCUGAUAAUUGGAUACCGGAGUCCAAAGUAAAUAGUUUUUUGUAAACACAAGAGACAAACCUUCCUGGAGGUGCAGACUUUAGCUGCGUAAAGCUGUGACGCAUGGACCUUUUUAUUUUGAUAUUUUGGCGGACAAUUUUUUGGUUUCUCGAUUUGAACUUCUGAUUCAAACCCGCUCACAGACAGCUGACACGCAAAGGAAGAAGAAAAUAAGACUUUUCGGGUUUGUUGCCAAAUUGCCCCGAGUGAUCGCGCAGUCUCUCCUGGGACAUUCAAAUAAACUAUCGAUUUUGAGUUUUAGAAGAGACGCAAAGCCUGUAUGUGAGAUUUUUUUUUCCCCCCUCGUGGUGUUAUUUACCGAUUAACCAUAGGAGCUAUUUGGAGGCAAGACUGAACAGGUUACUGGAGGUGCAGAGCGAGAAGCUGUGUCAGGACACCGGCCUGGAGAAGGGGCAUUUUGGCCUCGUACAAAGGAGGAGGAGGAGGCGCCUCUCGCGUAGAAGCUGAGCCGCCUUUAGAUGGAUCCUUCAUGUUUGUUUCAGCCUCAGAGGAGACAGUCCGCUUUGAGCACUUGCAAGCCGUGACAACACGUUGUAAGACAUGACACAUCGCCGCGUAUGGAUAGCAAAAAACAUGAGCUGCGCCCAGCGUGGAAGAAGCGCCUAUCCUGUCCUCUCCGGCGCGCACUUGGAGCAGAACGCGCACAGUCCGGCGGGUGGAACCAGAUGGAGGGUUCGGAAGAAGGAUAGACAGGAGAUUAUUCCUGUGAUGUCAGCAAAGGCCAAGGUGCUGCUGUGGGUGCUUGUCUCUCUGCUGCCCCUAGUGGAAGGAGCUCAUAUGAAAGCCGGUGCUGCAGGUGUGGGAUCAGAUUCAGGCCACGCUGUGGGCCUGCUGGGAGGGCAGGAGCAGAGAGAACUUCCUGUGACGCUGCCAGAGGUGGUGGAGGACGAGGAGCAGGAAGAUGACGGCGACCCUUACUCUACUUGGCAUGCUCUAUAUGACCCUUUUGUGAUGGAUGAGAUGGAUGACCAUCCGAGCAGCCGCUGGGUGGGGCGCUCUCCACGCUCAUCUGACCCCACGGAACCUCAGCCCAAGGGAUCACCAAAGAAAAAGAAGAAGAGGAAGAGGAAAGAAAAGGAGGAAGAGGAAGAGACGGGAAAAGGAGACCGAAAGGCUAAAGGUAGAAGCAGGCUCCCGAAACAGAGCAGCAGGGACUGCCGCGUGGAGAAGAGAGAGAUGAGGGUUCGGGACCUGGGCUUGGGGUUUGAUUCGGAUGAGAUCGUCCUCUUCAAGUUCUGCGUGGGCUCCUGCCAAUCCUCGAGAACAAACUAUGACCUGGCACUGAAGGCGCUGCUGGAGAACGGCUCACUGCCUCGGCGCACCGCCCGGAAGGUCAGCAGCCACCCCUGCUGCCGCCCUGACCGGUACGAGCCGGUUUCCUUCAUGGACGCCCAGACCACGUGGAGGACCAUCCAGUCACUGUCUGCUGCUAGCUGCAUGUGUAUGGGCUGAAGAGAUCAACGAGGGAGAGGGUGAGAAAGAGUGGUGUCACCCACCCUGAAUAGAGAGGUGUCGAGAGGCUCAGGGUGGACGCUGUGUGCUGGUAGGCCAGAGAGGCGCGCUGUCGCACACACACACACACACACAGACAGACAGACACACAAAGAGCAGAGGAAGCGAUAGAGGCCACUUGUUUCCCUCCUGUGGCGAAUUUCCUGUUGAGGUGGAAGUGGGCUGGAUGCAGCUGGACGAUUCAGGCCAAGGUCAAUAUGAGAGGGGGGAGUGGGUGGGGGCGCCAGGGAAUCCCUGUCUGAAUUUAUUGGUGCCUCAUCAAAGAGUGAAUUGUUUUUAAAUUAAUCAUUGCCAGCUAAUGCAGAAUACCUGAGGCCAGUUAUUACUCAUGACAAAAAAAACUUUAUUGGAACAUGUUUUGAUUUCACGUGGGCCUGGAGGCUGAAGCUCAAGAGAUGAAGAGAAAAGACACAGUUAAAGGACCGACACUGUUUAUAUUCUGACUCAGACUAAACAGAUGGAUAUAAUGUCAACUACUUACAGUGAAGCCAGCUCUUUCCAUGCCAUUGUUUUUCCACACACGAACAGGGACAUUGUAUAUUUUCUAUGUUCAGGUGAACUCAGCCAAAUGGAUGCCAUGCAUCUUCAUGUAUUACUGUAUAAAAGUAAAAUAUAUUUAUUACAGAUAAAUUAUUUAUUUAUUAUGGCUUCAUAUGAGAGCUGUUUUUAGGACCUGUAUAAUGUAGAUAUAUAUCUAUUUAUUGUCAAGAUUCACAUUUCAUGUCGACAGUUACUUCUGCACAUACACAGUACGUACAUUUAUUUCCCUCCAAGGUGCUGAUUUCCACAUUUAGCCAAUGCAGUAACUCAAACUUGAGCUUGACGAUGGGUAGAAUUGGUCAAAUAACAUAAGAUACCCUCCUAAAGCUCGGAUUCUCUCUCUUUCAUAUCAUCCGUGGCUAAAAACACACUGACCUACAUUAAAACAAUGUGAUAUAAUUGAUAAAUGUUUUUUGUUUGUUUGUUUUUUUUCUUCCUCUGGAGCACCUCACAAGUUUGACAAGUAAGAGAAAUAGAAUAGAAGUAAGUUUACUUCUGGAAAUUGUUUUUUUUUUACAUAUCUAAAAUUUAUUCUGAACACAUGAAACCUUAAAACUAAAAUUUCAACUUGUUUCAGAGUCCAAUAAUUCAGUUCAGUUACACUCGCCAGAUAUUAUUAUUAUUAUUAUUAUUAUUAUUAUUAUUAUUAUUAUUAUAAAGUUUCCUUUAUUUUUGUAUGGCAUUAUCCUCUAAGGG